CUGUAAUCGGUAUGUUUCUCUUUCGCUACGAAUGACCCCACCUUCUUAUAUAUAGGGGUCUUGUGGCUUUUAGGCUUCAUUUCAAGUUUGUCACUUACGUCGAAAAUGAAAAGUGUCGUUUUGAUUGCGGGCCUUUUCGGGCUGGUUCUAGCCCAGUUCCCUAAUGGAAGAAUUCUGGAACCACCUGUACCGGCGCUGUGUUCCCAGAGGAUUAUCCAUGAAAGGACCCCUGACGGCAAAGGCUACUUCUUCAGCUGGCGUGACCCCGCCCUUAAAGACGUCCAAGAAGACUGGCUCGGUGGCAGAAACUACUGCAGACAACGUUGCAUGGACCUCGUCUCUUUAGAAACCAGUGCUGAAAACGAAUGGAUCAAAAAACGUAUCGUCGACGAAAAAGUUAAAUACAUUUGGACUUCCGGCCGCCUGUGCGACUUCAAGGGCUGCGACAGGGCUGAUCUCCAACCUCUGCCCAUUAAUGGCUGGUUUUGGACCGCUAUUUUGCAAAAGUUGGCCCCCACGACCCAGAGAGAUCAGAACGAUUGGUCCGAAAACGGCGGAAUAGGGAAGCCGCAACCUGAUAACAGGGAAGCCCAACAAGGAGGUGCCAGCGAAAACUGCAUUGCUAUUCUUAAUCAGUUUUAUAAUGAUGGAGUCAACUGGCAUGAUGUGGCUUGUCAUCAUCGCAAGCCUUUCGUGUGCGAGGAAAAUGAAGAUUUAUUGAAGUAUGUUCGGUACACCAAUCCAAAUUUGAGGGUUUGAAUAGGGUAGAUUUAAAGCUGUAGACUGAUAAAUUAUGCAGCGCUAAGAUAUAAUGGUAAUUGUGUAAUUUAUUUUGUAAUUUAGAAAGAGAGAGUUAAUAAAUACUUAGUUAAGA